AUGGCUCCGAAACCGCUCCAUUUCCCUGGGUUUACACCAAUUUCGGAACGAAUUUAUCUUCGUAACGGACAUGAGAGAACUAAAUCCCCGUCAGCUCAUGAUCCGACGAGGAUCGUGAUCUUUGGAUGGGGUGACGGCAUGCCAAAGCAUGUGUCGAAAUAUGCCAGAGGCUACCAUGAUAUCUUCCCUUGCGCCAAAAUCAUUGUCGUGCUAUCCAGUACAUUGCAAGCAUCAGCUCAGCCUCUUGAUUCUCGAAUUGACGCCAUGUCCGCCUUGAUUGAUAUUGUUUUCACACCCCCAAAUGAUAGCAGCGGCAAUGAGGAGCGAAUUUUGUUACACGCCAUGUCGAAUACCGGGGCAAUAUUUCUCGCUGCCACCUUGGUCGCAUAUCAGCAACGUCACGGCGGCGAUCGGAGGGCUCCACAUACGCUAUUGGUAUUUGACUCAACACCGGGCAGUUUGAACUUCACAUCUCAAGUCAGUCGUUGGUCACGAGCAAUGGCGCUGGGAACUUCGAUGUACUUUCCCUGGCUCUUCGGCAUUACUCAAGCCCUAUGGUAUAUCGUUCUUUGGGGACACAGGGUGUGGGAAUGGAUACGUGGGAUUGAACCGUCUGGAAUUUGGGCCAAUCGUAUAUUGAAUGAUACCGCCGUUUCUCCAAUUGAAACCCACAGACUUUAUCUUUACUCCAAAGAAGACGAUAUCAUUUGGUGGGAGGAUCUUGUGCAGAAUGUGGUUCAAGCGAGGAACCUGGGCUACAAGGCAGACUUGGAAAUGUUCAAAGGCUCGCCACAUGUGGGACACAUGAGACUCCAUCCGGAGCAGUACUGGAACGUGAUCUUCAAUGCAUGGAAGAAAGCUUGGUCUACGAAUUGA